CAUCAAACAAAUACCUACACUUAUUUAUGGCAUAGUUUGCACUAAAUAAUAGUCCCUUAUCUUCAAUAUUUUGUGUUAAAAAUAUAACGUUGUAUCGUUGCACUAGGAAUCCCAAUGCUGUUAAUUCAUACAUAAAGUUUUAAUAAAUUGCCAGACAGAAAAAACUCACGAUGACUCUCGCAGAGUUCUUCAGCUGCUCCCUGCUCGCAUAUGGGGCUCCGCUGAUGAUGUUCGCGAUGACAGUAGCGAACGAUCCCGUUCGGAUCAUCAUCAUGAUAGCGGCAGCGUUUGGAUGGCUGCUAUCGUUCCUCUGUUCUUCUGUCGUGUGGUAUGCCGUAGUGCCGUUACGGUCCUAUCUAGCAUUUGGCAUGACUUUUGCUAUAAUUUUCCAGGAAUUUUUUCGCUAUGGCACAUACCGCCUUCUAAGGAAGACUGAGGCAGGCCUGAAAGAAAUCUCGGAGAACCAUGACAUUGGCACCAACAAACUGGAGAUGGCCUAUGUUUCAGGACUUGGUUUUGGCACAAUGAGUGGGGCUUUUGCACUUGUGAAUGUAUUAGCAGAUUCUAUUGGCCCGGGCACUCUAGGACUCCAAAGUGGCUCAGAAUACUUCUUUGUAACAAGUGCGGCAAUGACUUUAUGUAUGAUCCUUCUUAACACAUUCUGGAGUGUCAUAUUCUUCAGCGGGUGUGACGAAAAGAACUAUUUCAAGAUAACAUGGGUUGUUGGUUCCCAUUUCUUUGUUUCAGGACUCAGUUUACUUAACAGUAGGCAUGUGUAUGCCGCCACUAUUAUUCCUUCAUACAUAGUUUUGAUAGUCACGGCUCUGACUGCGUACAAAUCUGCUGGAGGCACUUUUCAAAGCUUUGUACAGACUUUCAGGAGGAGGACGUAAAUGAUCCUCAGAUGUAGGUGUUGUCAUGACAUAUUCAAUGAAUUAUAGGCUAAUUGAACAAUUGCUGGCAAAUUCACAAUGUAUUUUAUGUUUUACAUAAGUUUUAGUAGAUAACUGUGUACAUAUUAAAGAUUUUUUUUAUUUUUGUAUAGGCUACAUAUGAGUAUAGGUAAUAUGUUUUAGCAGCAUAAAAUAACUAAUCGAGAUUUAAUUUUAAAAAAAUCAGGACUUAUCUAAAUACUCUAAACUAUAUAUACUACAUCCUAGAAAAUCAAUUUUAACUUUGAGUAGAAAAAUGCAAUAACUAAUCCAAAUUGUAAAAAAUAAUCCAAUUUAGUUAUGGGUAGAAUGAGAAAAAAAAAAAUAAAAACUUCCUAACUAAUAAAUGCGAAAGUAAGUUCUUUAGAUUUGUUACCUCUUCUCACUGUAUCUACUCAACAAAUCUUGAAAUUUUGCAUACAUAUAGUUUGAAGUAUGGAGAAGGUAACCCCAAAGGUUUCAUCCCGGAAAAAUAUCUUUUCCUGUGGGAUAUUUGCGCGGGCGAAGCCGCGGGCUAAAGCUAGUCCGACGUAUGUAAAAGCUGUAGUUAUCUAGAUGUUAGUAAGUUUAUAGACUUGUGUAAAUCGAAAUCAAUUUUAUUAUUAAGUGAAGACUGAUUGGAAUUGUGUAGAAUUUAACUUUUCAUUGCUGUUAUAUACAUACUAAUGCCUCUAUCUAUGCACGGAUUUGCAAAUAUAUAAAACGAGAGCUGAAAGGGAAGACAGAGAAAGUGUCCAAACAUCAUAAUAUAUUUCUAUAAAGACUAACUAUAAGAAAUAUCUUAUAAACGUGCAGUUAUGCUCAUUCUAUUCCUCAAUUUGGCUGUCCUCCAAACCAAUGCCUAUUUGUUUGUUAUUGUUAUUGCCGGGCAUUUUUGGUGUGGUGCCGCCCUAGUAUAUUUAUAUAUCCUACCGUGGAUGACGUACGAAGCCACUUAGGACACAUCAUAGCCUUGGUAGAUGAUUGACAACCGCAUUCCCAAAGAGGUUUCACGUGAGGCAGGUCAUAAACUCAGCCAAAUCUUCAAAAUUGAAAGGUAUAUUUUUUACAUGGAUUUUUGGAGAUUCUCAUGGAGGCCGGGUUUCAGGCGCCACAGCCGUGAAUGCAUCAGGGAACACUGGUAUAGAGGGAUUGGAGGAGAAGAAAACCAUAAUUCGCUCGUUUGGUAUAAAUAAAACGCACCAAGAAAACGCGUAUCUGAAAUACACGGUCAUAAGCCAAAGUCGAGGCUUUUGUGUAAUUGCUAAUAUUAGAAGCUAUAUGUAUUGUAUUGAUUUUGCUAUUAUUAACAAGCAAAUAGUUAUUAAUUGCAAAUUAGAUAAAUUUUAUAUACCAGUUGUGUUAAUUAUCUUCUUGUUAAGUCGGAAUGGCUAUUAUAUAAUAUUCGACCAAUAUGUGGUAUAUAACAUAAACACAUCAACGUCAAUAAUAUUUUAAUAUAUUGUAUUUAUUGCUUAGUAACUACAAUAGAUUUAUGUGAUAUAUAAUUAAGUUUCCAUUCCCUAAUUAAAUAACAAGCACUACAAUUUAAAUGGACGGAAAUUAUUAUGUAUUAAUUUAAUAAAGUGAUUCAUGUCUACACAA